GCGGGGGCGGAGCGGUGCGCAACGCGAUGCUCAGUCGUUCCCGCCAUUGUCGAGCUGGAGUGGCGGAGGGAGCGGGCCAGCGAGCGAGAGGGAGACAUUUCGGAGAUGAGGCGAUUACUCCACGUUAUUUAGGAGCUUGUUUCUGCUUCCUUUUAUUUUUAAGUUGAGGAUUUUGAGAGAGCAAGUGAGAGAUUUGGUGCUAUUGGGGGAGAAUAAGUGAAGGGAAAAUACAUCUGUCCUAAACCCAACCUGCCUGCCGGACAGACAUGGCUCCCCGCAAAGGAGCAACCGCCAACAAGGGAGGCUCAAAAGCCGCUCCCAAGAAGCGUGUGGCAGCAAACGGCUUCAAGCUGCCUGACCCCAUUGCCCCUGGGGUUGUCGUAACAGACAUUGCCAAGAAGAACUGGAGAAUUGGUAAUAGUAUCGGUGUGGGUGGCUUUGGAGAGAUCUACUUGGCUUCCAAUGAAAUUGACAGACCUGUAGAUGAUUCAGCUGAAUAUGUCAUCAAAGUGGAGCCCCACAGCAAUGGCCCACUUUUUGCAGAGAUGCACUGCUACAUGCGUGUAGCGAAGCCAGAGCACAUCGAAACCUGGAAGAAGGAGAAGAAGCUGAAGCGCUUGGGCAUGCCAAAGUACCUGGGAUCAGGCUCGUUUGAAUACACUGGCCAGAAGUACAGAUUCAUGGUCAUGGAGAGAUUUGGCAUGGACUUGCAGAAAAUCUUGGAAAGGCACAGCAAGAGAUUCUCCUUCAAGACUGUCUUUCAAGUGGGCAUUCAAAUCUUGGAUGUGCUAGAAUACAUCCAUAGCAAGGAGUACAUCCAUGCUGACAUCAAGGCAUCCAACCUGCUGAUCGGACACCAGCCGGGCACAGAACACCAAGUAUUCCUAGUUGACUUUGGCCUGGCCUGUCGUUAUGCCAACGAUGGGAAGCACAAAGAAUACAAGUUCGAUCAGAGGAAAGCCCAUGAUGGCACCAUAGAAUUUACCUCACGGGAUGCCCACAUUGGUGCUCACUCUCGACGAGGAGACCUAGAGAUCCUUGGCUACAACAUGACACAGUGGCUUUGCUCACGACUACCCUGGGAAGAUAAGUUACAGGAUUGCAAUUAUGUUGCUAAUCAGAAGAGAGGCUACAUGGAGAAAUUGGAUACAUUUAUGACACAGUGUUUCCCAGAAACCCAACCUCCAGGUCUGAAAGAGUAUUUGGAGUACGUAGUCAACCUGGCUUUUGACGAGAAGCCCGAUUACGAGAAGUGCCGGAACAUCCUCCGUGAGGGCUUAAAGGCCAAGGGCUACCGGGAUGACGGGAAGCUGGUGUUUAUGUCAGCAACACCAGUGCCUGUGUCACGUAAACCCAAGUCACGUCUCGACCGUAAGAAAACCACGAAGCGGCGUUCAGAGGAGGAAGAAAAUAUAUCAGACUUCACUCCCAAGAAGAUGAUGAGGGCAUCUAAUAUCUCUCCAUGUAGACCAAGGAAUAAGAGGGUUAAUACAAGAACUUGCCCCAGAAAUUCCUUAAUAGGUAUCAGUCUGAGCAAGCCCAAUCAGCCAGAGUUUGCCUACAUAGACCCCGAGGACGUGAUGAUUGAGAAGGAAAAUCAAAAGAUGGCUGAGCGCAAAAUGAAACAGAGACCCAAGAGAUUAGGCAUUGUUCGGGACACAUCCCUUGACAAUCCUACUCCACAGAUGAUUGAAAUCAUGAACAAGAUCAGAGAGAAGUCAGCAUCUCCGCCAGUUUGCCAAAAACGUCAUAGACACAAUAGCAACUGCUAUAGCAACAGAAGCAGCCCCACAGGGGAAGAACCCCCAACACAGUUCACCCCAGAGAUGGAAGCUGUGAUGCGGAGACGUGCAGAGCGCCUGUCAUCCACCUCAGACUGCGAAACCUAUUGUUAUUCUAGUUCCUCAUCAGAUGUUGGCUCGCCACAAAUGUUUGAUUCCUCGGAGAAUGAGGACUCAAAUGAUGCCACCAUCUAUUACUCUCCAACGGCCCCCUCUCCCCCCUUUAUGGCUCCUCAAAAUAAUAAUACAGUUAAAAAGGGCGUGAAACGCUGUUGGGUCUCCUACGCAUGGAGCUGCGUGUCCACAGUCCUGUCAACAUACGCCAUUGUCACCAGGUCCAGGCUGGCUGUCAAAUCAUUGGCUUAGAGCAAAUAAAACAGAUUUCAGAAUAUUUGUAUGAAUAGUUUCAAAAUGCAUUAUGUAUGCAUUUCUCAUGAGAUGUGUUUUUCAGUACAGUGUUUAGCACUAAGAUAUUCACAGUAUUGUGUCAGGAAAAUAUCUAUUUGUCAUGGUCAUGUUGCUAGAAAAAAAACAGUAGACCAAAUCUCUCACUUGCUCUCUCGUCAUUGGUGCCUUAAGAUUGUUUGUGUGUGUGUGUGUGUGUGUAUGGGGGGGGGGGGUGCAAGAUAUAUGCCAUGGGUAUGUUCAAGUGCUUUGUAUCUGUCUUGUCACACAGGUUUGAAUGUUACAGAUAGCUUUAAAAAUGUACAAGUAUAUGUUUUGUCAUCUUUGAGAUAGGCUUUAUAGUAGUUAGAGUAGCAUUUCUCCUAUGUUGUAUUUUUCAGUGUAUAUUUCUUUCUUUCUUUCCCCUGUUGAAAUGCAUACUUCUAUAUAUUUUUAAAGAUUUGAGGCAUAUAUAUAAAUAUAUAUGUAUAUAUAUUUAUGUAUACACAUGCAUCAACCUGUUGGAUCCAGAUACCUUGUGACCCACAUGUGGAACAGAAUCCAUACAUCACUUGAGGAGGUGUAUGGCUUGUAGGGUUGGUUCACAUAAAAACUUAUCUGCUGUAAUAGGACUCGUUGCCUCCCCUGCUUAAACUUUUUUUUACCCUCCUAUUUUCCUAGUUCUAUAAUUUUCAUUUGUAAUGCUGUUUGAAUAUGGGAAAUAGCAAUACACUAGCCACUAUAGAGGUGAAAACCGUAGAUGGCCCCAGCCAAAGUUUUCACUCCAUUAGUCACGUCACCUGGAUCCAAUGAGUUAAGAAGAGCAUUGGUUUAUUUUGUUUAAAUUUAUAAAGAUUAUUGCCAAGCAAUAAGUAGGUUAUUGCAGUAUGUAAUACUGUAAUAUUAGAAUUUACUUUUAUAUAUUUACCUGAAAGGUUUGAUGAAUAUUUGGAUAAUUUUAGUCAUAAUUCAAGACCUCAUAGGUUAAGGAAAUCUCUAUACAUAUCUACUGUACUGUACACAUAGUUUGUUUAUGUAAGGUUUAUGAGAAUAUGAAUAACAAUUAUUAUUAUUUGGAUGUUGUAACUAAUACUGAUGUGCAUUCAGGUUACAAAAAAUUCAGUAACAGUAAUUUUCAAAAGGUUUUCCCAUAUGUGAAAUGAAAAAUGUUAUCUUCAUUAACUUGGGAACCAUAUUAACACUACCUAGCUGCUAAACUGCUCAGGAUUUCUGAUUAGUAGCCUUGCACAGUAUUUGUUGUUACAAGGCAAAUAAUUAUCAGGUAACACUUAAGUAGAAAGUAGAAUAUCAUAUAGUAUUAUCUACUAAAUUAAGUCAAAGUUCAACUAUAUUUUGCUGUAGCUUGAGAUUUUUAAAUAUAGAUCUCUAUAGAUUUAGGCAUUCAAUGCAAAACCUAUUAACAUUACUGAUUUCAAUUUCAAUCAUAUAAAGGACACACCAGACGUCAACGAACAGGUCUAUACGUCUCACCGAGAGAAGUUGCACAGCUCCUGAGUAGUGCGCGUGUAGAGUUACGGACAAUUGCAACUCAGACAUCUCCAGGCGUGAGAGUGACCCGCAGCAUAUCUAGACAGACAUCACCUGAGAUAUUCUAAGUGCAGUGUUAAUUGCUUUUGUGAAGAAAAGAGAAAAUAAUUAGUCAGCAAUAUACUUUGGUGAUCAAACAGUGGAUUUACUGGUGCUCACAUUAGAAAAGAUGUAUUGAAAAUUUUAUUGUGUACAUACACUAUGUACCUCAAAGAUACUGUGACGAGGUUUAAUAGUUGAAUUUGAAAAAUAUAAGUGAAGUGGAAAAUAACUUGUUACUGUUUCAUUUGGAAAAGUGAGAAAGAACUCAAGGUGAUAUAUAAAUAUAUAUUAUACAUAUAUAGAUACUUACUAUUUUUGUUUUAAUCCUUCAAAAGGGCUAAUUUUCUUUUGAGGAAAUGCCAAACCUCAGGAGUGUGAGACAUGGUUGUAAGCUAGUGAAACUGUUGUGAACAUUUAGAAAGAAAUUUUAUUCCAGUUGUAUUUCUGCUAGAAACCAUGAGGACCAGACUGUUGUGCACAGUGACAAAAUCCAUUGAACUCUUGUAGUGACCAGUUGUGUAAAUACAUAUAUUUUUUUUUUCUCUACCUUUCUCGAAUAUGGCCAAUUGUCCAGUCAUUCAAAGAAAUCAUGUUUCUCCUAUGGCCAUCAUUUUCAUUUCAUCCCAAGCUUAAAUGUUUUCAAUCUCUAAAUUAUUUCAUGUCAUAUUCCAUUCUCAUUUAUGCUUUUAUAUUGUAAAAUUGAAAAUACUGCUUAAUAAAAUGAGUUUUUCAUAUUUUAAAGGUUCUUUUGCAAACCAGUAUAUUUAUAUAUGCAAAAAAUAAAAGAAUAUGGAUUUAGUUUGUGUGCCUUAUUAGCUCACAAUUUUUUAUGAUUUUGGCAAUAAAUUUACUACAUCAAGGGAUCCAGUACAGUUCAAAAUAAAUUAAAUAUCACAUGUGUAUGUAUUCAACCAAACUUUGAAGUUGUAGAGAAAAUCUUUUAGGCCAAGGCUGUGAUAUCUCUAAAAUAAUAUAUAUAAAAAAAUACAAGGAUUAAUAGGUUCCUUGCCAUUGGCUUUUCAGACAUUCUAAAGAGCAGGUCCUGUGUUCUUUUUUUAAACUGAAGUUUUCUUGUGGCAUUAUAGUGCAAAUGUUUUUUUUUUUUUUUUUUUUUUUUUUUUUUCUUUCAAGUUUUGUUGUCUUCUCUGAUAUGAUUUUUUUACCCAUAUGAAAAUGACCUUGUUAAGCAUACUAUAUGGAAUCAGUAGUACCUGUUCUGGUUGUGUAAUAAAGUUGAAGUAGAUUUUUCUUAAAUUCCUGUGGUUCUGAACUUCAUUGGCUGAAGAUGUUCCAUUAUCUGCCAAGGGAGACUCCUAUGUAGACUGAAAAUCACCAGUAGUUACAAUUUGCUUUGAAGGCAUUAUUAGUAUCAUUAAGUAUUCAUGAAUAAUUCUGCUUAUAGCUACUGCAGCUUUAAUUAAAAGAAAAAUAGUCAAUUGAAACAAAAGUCACCAGGAACUAUUGUUCUGAAAAUUGUAUCUUCCACCAUCCAGACUAGUGACUUUCAGAUUACAGAAUGGGGCUCCUUUGUAUUUUUUGCACACCAGCUUUGUAUAAUGAAAUAAAAAUGAAAGUCAGUGUGAAUUAGUCAUACGGUUUAGCCACUUUGCCUUUUAUUUAUUUUUAUUUUUUUGGAAAAAAUUACUACUAUUGAUUGCAUGUUAUAUCUUUUCUUUUUUUCCAUGGUAUGACAAUAGUGUGAGUAAUUGUUAAUUCCCUGGUUUUAUUAGGUUUUGUUUACCAAUGGAAUUUGUAGUUACUAUACUUGCCAAAUGGAUUUCCUUUUUUGGCCCUUACUUCAGGAUCUCAUGGUUCAUGUUGUUUUUUGCUCAAAGCUUCGGCUCUUUACUCAGUCAGUACUGGUUUAUUCCAUUGUACAGUGUACAUUUUUUUGAAAAAUAAAGUGUUUUGAUUA